UCAGGUGGAUAGAUAGUAUAUCAGAAUCUCAAUAAAAAAGAAGAAGUAAAUCCGUUUAAUUUGACAAAAUUGUGAUUAUGAUUUUAAAAAUUCUAUUUGUUGUAGUAAAAAGUUUAUUUUAUUAACAAAAUGGAUAAUCACAAGAAGACUAAGGGGUCGAAGGUUAAGGGAUUUCAAUUUCCUGAAAAUAUGAUUGAAUUUGAUCCAGUCUCCGGUAAAUAUAUUGCACUCCCAUUUCCUAAAAAUCAAGAUAUACAGAAAGAAGACAUAAAAGUUGCCAACAUCCAAUCAAAAACUAAAUCACCACUGAAACCAUUAGAUUUUAAAAACUUAUUUCCAGAUGACUCAAAAAUGUCUAGCAAAUCAAACCAACCACAUAAUAAACGCCGUUUAGAACCAUUGAAUUUGAAUGAUCUACAUUCAGGUACUAAAGAAAUGCCAACUAAAAUAAGAAAAAUUGAUAAGACUCCACAUUCAGCUAGAAGAUUGUUUCCAUUAAAAAAACAGCAAAAUCCAAGAACAUCCUCCAAUAGAUACAGUACUUCUGGGAUAUCUACCUUACCAAAUAAAAGAAAAUCAACUGCAGGGUCAGCCAAAUCAUCACCUUUAUUAAAUAUGGAAGAAGUUGAACAAAAAAUGUUGAAGAGCACUACUUCUUUCAAGGGAUAUCAAUUCAGAUCACCGGAGUUGUCCAAAGUUAGACUUACUAAACUGACUAAUUCUCAUGGUAAAUCGGAAAUACUGGAAAUCCCCGAAAUAAUAGUAGAAGAAUGUGAAACAUUUUUGGAAGAAAUUGAUAACAAGGUUAUGGAAGAAGAAAACGAACCAAAAACACCAGAUUCUACUCAAGAAUUUCGUAACCUAGAACAGCUUUGUGAAGAUUCUCCUAUUACAACUGUGUGUAAUUUAAUGCAAGAUACUGUGCUAAACAGUGAUAAAAACACAAAAUCAGUUUCUGAUGCCGAUUUAGAAUUGAAAAGAAAAAUUGAAAAAUUCAUUAAAGAGGAAGAAAUUAGACAUAAAAAAUUUUUAAAAGACGAAGAAAUUAGACAUAAGAAUUUUUUACAAGAUGAAGAAAUUAGACAUCAACGAACUACAUCUAUGUUGAAAACAGUUUUUGAAGAGCUUACCAAAAUUGAAAUAAAUUGCAAAGAAAAUCAAUCUUUAAAAAUCAACCGAAGAUCUGAACGGCUACUAAAAAAGAGUCCUUUAAUAAAAUCAAAACUUUUAACGUCUCCAGUUAUACCUAAUAGUGAUUUGCGCAAAUCUACUUUGAAAAAAAAUUUGGUAGCUAAAAGCCUUGAUUAUAAAGUAUGUAGUCCACGAGUCCAAAAAGCCAUGAGUUUGUAUAAUUCACUUACUAUUUUCCAAACACCAAAAUCUGAUAGAAAGAAUUUAAGCGCAAGACUUCAAAAUCAGUGCCUUCUUUUACAAGAUACUCCCGUACAUAAGUGAUAUUUAGUCGACGCAUCAUAUUGAAGUAGACCAAAAAGCAGAUGUAUUGUGUUUUAUACGAAGAAUAUUUUUUACAUUAAAUGUUAUACUCGUUUUGCAUUAAAUAUUUUCACUGUAUAAUUAAAA